CUCUGGUUGUGCCCUAGCCAUUCGCGACGUUCUUGGGCCUCCUACCACACUACACCCCCGACGAGGAAGGGCCUCUGCGUCCGGCGUUCAGGCGAUCUUUCCGGCGUCAGGGAGUUAAACUAUCUCUUAUCUCUAUAGAUCUCCUCUCUCCUCGUCUUCGGACAAGUACUUUCUCCGGCGAGCACCUGCUUCCGGGAUCAUCCCUCGAUCAGCUUUUUUUUAAGAGGGGAAGUCGCCGGCGCCCGGUUCCCUUCUGUUGUGCCGGAAGCGGGAGCGGCAGGGACAGUUGAGUCUCUUCGGUCUCUCAUCAUAGAAUAAUUCCGAGGAAUAUCCAAGGUGUCUAGUGUAGGAAACGCUUGUAUUUAUUCACACGGGUAGAAAAUUAGGGACCGACUGGAAUCGAUUUCUGGGGCAGAAGAGGAGUGGCCAUGGAGGCCUACAAGCUCUUCGUGAGGAAGAACAGAGAAUUCGUUCACUCUCUCGAAUCCUUAGCCAACGGCAUCACAUGGCUUCUUCCGGAGCGCUUUUCCAAUUCCGAGAUCGGUCCUGAAGCAGUUUAUGCUCUUUUGGGCAUCCUCAGUACCCUGAAUCAGCACAUAAUUGAUACAACUCCGACAAAAUUGAGGCCUCCUUCGCUAGGAGAUUCAGCAUUUCCAUGGUCUUUAUUUGUGUCCAUGCUCAAAGAUGCGGAGACGGUUGUUGAAGUUGCAGCCGAGCAUUUUGUUGGCGAAAAGCACAAGUGGAAUUAUCUUGCAUUAACAGAGGCAGUCAAGGCUUUUGUUAGAUUAGCUGCUUUUCGCGAUAGUGGAUUCAAGAUUCUCUUACAAGGAGGUGAGAUAGUUAACAAUGAUGAGAGGGUUUCAGAAAACUAUAAUACAAGGCUUGGGGAUGCCAGAAUGGCUGGUGGAUCUAAUAUGCCUGGUUCUAUUCAUGAGCGUUACGGUACAAUACAGCAGAAUCUAGAAGGAAGAGCCAUAUCUGCAUUAAGUUGCUUCGGUGAGAAUGCAAAAAAGCUAUCAGAUCAAGUAUGGUUAAACAAGCUUCGCCACAGUUCACAGACUGCUGUUGCAAAGCAGACGCUUUCUACUCUUUGGUUCCAGAAGGGGCUCUCUGGUCAGUUAUAUUUGUCAGGAGAGGUUCUCUUUAUCUUGAGACCUUUGAUAUAUGUCUUGUUCAUUAGAAGGUGUGGAAUCCGGUCAUGGAAACCAUGGUUAAUUUCACUAGCCAUUGAUCUAACUGGAAUGAGCUUUCUAUCGUUCUCUACAAACUCACAGCCUAGAAAUGGUGAUAAUUAUUAUCAUCUUUCUUCUUCUGAGAAGGACGAGAUGAAAAGGAGAAAGCUUGUCUGGGCCCUGUACAUCAUGAGAGAUCCAUUCUUUAGCAAGUAUACGAAGCACCGUCUUGAAAAGACUGACAAAUACUUUAGUCAGGUUCCUUUAAUUGGGUUCCUUACAGGUUUGUGCUUUUGUCCUAGCUUUGUAGCUCAAACUCGUUACACCUAUACAUCAGCUUCUUGA